UCCAAGUUUGUGGCCUCAAGCCAGAUGAAAUGAUCAGGCAUUUGCCUUUUAGGGUUGCCCCAGAAAGAGCUAACAAAAGGGGUGACAGCUCCUAAACGGCUGCUUGAGGAGGGGGACAUCUGCCUCUGUUCCACCAGCCAUUCAGUGCCCAGGCCUUGCUUGAGAAAGGCGCAUUCAGCAGGGGAGCAAUAGUUCUGAGGCAGCCAGUUGUUAUGUGGCUUUUGUCUUAACGAAGCCACCCAUUACCUAGAGUCAUAACUCGCAGGAAGCCAGCUGCCAGGGCUGCGGCGGCCGCAGGCCCCUCUGGGUGGGAGGCAAGGGGAGAAAAAGAGUGGCCAAAUUCCCUUUUAGACACCUGAGCCAGGCUUUGUAACCGGAGAGUUUCGUGUCUUCUCCCCAAUCCUAUCUUCCCUGGGGAGACCCUUCUUGCUUUCCACCCUUGGAGGGGCUGGGGACAUCUCAGGAUUCUCAUUCCUUGCCCUGCAACUCCCUGCCUGCUGGGCUGGGCUGGGCUGCGCUGCGGCUGGCUGGCGUUUGGCGCUCUGAUCAAGCGCUCCGCUUUGAAAUCUACCCCCUCCCUUUUUUUUUUUUUUUAAACCAGGUAUGAUGAUGUCAAACGUGAUGCUGAUGCUACAGUUACAGACACAGCCCCUGCUGGCGCAGCCUCUCUGAUUCUCUCUCCCUCUCCGCGUCCAGCGCUGGGCUUUUUCAGACAAGUGCAUCUCCUAACCAGGUCACAUUUCAGGCGCGACCCACUAUCUGUCAGUCACCGGAGACACCGCAGGAGGAGGGCUGAGGAAGACAGCAGCGUUUGCUUCGCCAACAGCAGGGUGGCAGGAAGGACAUUAAAAUAUUGCAGAAGUCAAGACCCCCGGGUCCAGUCCAGACCACGAUGAGCGCCCCGGGCUGCGGACGGCUGGCGCUGCCGCUGCUGCUCCUCGCCGCAGCCGCCCUGGCCGAAGGCGACGCCAAAGGGCACAAGGAGGGCGAGACCCCCGGCAAUUUCAUGGAGGACGAGCAAUGGCUGUCGUCCAUCUCUCAGUACAGCGGCAAGAUCAAGCACUGGAACCGCUUCCGAGACGAUGACUACAUCAAGAGCUGGGAGGACAAUCAGCAAGGAGAUGAAGCCCUGGACACCACCAAGGACCCCUGCCAGAAGGUGAAGUGCAGCCGCCACAAGGUGUGCAUCGCCCAGGGCUACCAGCGGGCCAUGUGCAUCAGCCGCAAGAAGCUGGAGCACAGGAUUAAGCCACCUACAAUGAAACUCCACGGAAACAAAGAUUCCAUCUGCAAACCCUGUCAUAUGGCCCAGCUUGCCUCUGUCUGCGGCUCUGAUGGCCACACUUACAGCUCGGUGUGUAAGCUGGAGCAGCAGGCGUGCCUGAGCAGCAAGCAACUGACGGUGAAGUGCCAGGGCCCCUGUCCCUGCCCUACAGAGCAGGCUGCCGCCUCCGCCACUGAUGGCAAACCAGAGACCUGCACGGGUCAGGACCUAGCUGACCUGGGAGAUCGGCUGCGGGACUGGUUCCAGCUCCUUCACGAGAACUCCAAGCAGAAUGGCUCAGCUAGCAGCGUGGCCAGCCUGGCUGGUGGGCUGGACAAGAGCCUGGGGGCCAGCUGCAAGGACUCCAUUGGCUGGAUGUUCUCCAAGCUGGACACCAGUGCUGACCUCUUCCUGGACCAGGCAGAGCUAGCCGCCAUCAACCUGGACAAGUACGAGGUCUGCAUCCGCCCCUUCUUCAACUCCUGUGACACCUACAAGGACGGCCGGGUCUCCACUGCUGAGUGGUGUUUCUGCUUCUGGAGGGAGAAGCCCCCCUGCCUGGCUGAGCUGGAGCGCAUCCAGAUCCAGGAGGCUGCCAAAAAGAAGCCAGGUGGCUUCAUCCCGAGCUGUGACGAGGAUGGCUACUACCGGAAGAUGCAAUGUGACCAGAGCAGCGGUGACUGUUGGUGUGUGGACCAGCUGGGGCUGGAGCUGACCGGCACACGUGUGCAUGGAAGCCCCGACUGUGAUGACAUCGUGGGCUUCUCAGGGGACUUUGGGAGUGGUGUCGGCUGGGAGGAUGAGGAGGAGAAGGAGCCGGAAGAAGGAGGCGAGGAGGCUGAGGAGGAGGAGGGUGAGGCAGGCGAGGCAGACGAUGGAGGCUACAUCUGGUAAACGGCCCUCGGAGCCGAGGCCAGGGCCAGCCAGCAGGGACCUGAGCAGAAGCAGGCAGCUUGGCGAAUGGAUCUGGAAAACGUAGUCAGAAGGACGCUGGCUCCAACCGGGAGGACCGGAUGUGUGAGUGUGCAUGGCAAGCGUAUGGCAUGUGUAGCUGAGAUGAAUGAGCGUGUGUGUGCGCGUGUGGCAUGCGUUGACAGACGUGUCCUUGAUCCACACUACUCCUGGCAGAGUGAGUCACCCAAAGUCCCCUUCGGCCUCCUUGUAGCUGUUUUCUUCCCAUUUGUUGUUGGUUUUAAAUACACACAUUCACACACAUACACACAUUGACAGGUUGAUGGAUUGAGAUGCCCCCAACCCAGCCCUGCCACCCUGGAUCCCAUUUCUACCCUACCCCCCCAACCCUGUCUCCCUUACCCCUGCUGUCCUCCCCACUUGCUUCGAGAGUCAGGCUCUGGCCUACAGCCUGUCCCCACGGCAGAGGAGAGGGAGGGAGCUGUCUACUGGCUGGAGGUCCUCCUCAAACUGGGCUGAUUUGGCGUGACACCUCCACCAGCCUCAGAUGAGACAGGCCAGGACAAACAACCACAGCCAGGCCCCUUCCUUUCUUGGAUCCCCAAGCAUUGGAGAAACUCUCCUAAUCCAGGCCAGAGUGACUCAACGUGGCCAAGAAGGAGCUGGGGGCAGAAGCUGAGAGGCAGGGAGGGGACUGGUCAUCCAAGGUCCUUCCCAUUGGUGUGGGUGGGGAAGCGGGGUGAGGAGGAGGGUCCACUCAGCAGAGGAGUUUGCAGUUGGAGUUUCCAGGGGGAGCUUCUAAGAGCGGUGAUGGGCAGCCCUGAAUGCCAGAUCCUGGAAUCAACUGGCCCCUUUCUGUGUCCCAGGUGUGGUUGUGAUCUGCUCUCUUGGGGAGAUUGGGUAGGUGGUUUUGUAGGUGAGUUCCCUCCUGGCAGCCCUUGGGGUGGUGCUCCCGCCUCCAUCUCUCUUGCUGGGAUCGCCUUCUGCACCCCAGGGAGCCCGAGGACCAGGAGCAACAGCUGAGGGUCCGGGGUUUUGGCAAGGGGUGUGUGUGUGCCCACCUUCUUCCCAACCUCUUAACUCAAUACUCCUGUCCUUCCUAGACCAAUAGAAAGACCUGUCCCUGAGACUCUGUAAAGAAGCAGCAGCUGGAAGCUGCAGCCUUCAUGAGACCAAGAUCUUUGUCCAUCUCCCCCAGAGGCUCCCUUAGGCCAUUCCCAGCCCCACUCCUCUCAAUCCCUGUGGAGGGGCUUCCCCAGGCUCUGUAGUGUGUGGGAAUAGUGACAAGUCAGAGGGCGUAGGACUGGCGCAGCCUGGUCUAAGGCCACACUUCACUGUUACCCCAUCUCCUGACCGGGUGGGAGCUCUUCCAACCAGACGAGAUGUCCCUGGGUUUUCUUGGUUUGUUGUUGUUUGCUCCAUUCUGUCCAAUUCUUCCCUAUUGAAGCAAAUUCAAAUUAACACUUUGGUGAAGAAUUCCUUACCCAGACUUGGGCCUCUGAUACCUAGCCUUCAGUGCAUGGUGAGUGCAGUGCGUGUGCAUAUGUGUGUGCAUGUGUGUGAACUUGGGGGCUAACCAGGUGGCCUGGGAGUGUGAGCAGGGCCCGGUUCCCUGGGUGGCCCGUGGGGUGCGUGGUCAAGGGCACGCAAGGGUGAGGCUCCAAGGCAAGAUUCCCUGCCCUGCUCUCCCAGCCUCUGCCAGCAUCCUCAGAGCUCUGUUGAUGUUUCAGAAGAGCCUUGCCCUGUCCGCUCCGCACUCCACCCUGGGAGCAGCACCUUCCAAGUCCUUCUUAGGGAAAAUAACAAAACUUCACUUAGCCCUAUAAACCGCUUCCCAUUCCGCAGCACAGUUCUGAUCACCGAGAUAUUGCUCCAGAUCCCCAGUCCCCUCUUCCUCCUGUCCCUUCUCCGCCUCCCACUUCUUCCCUCUGGCCCCUGGCUCAGUUCAGGGAAAUGCUGUCCCACAUCAGCCCUCUGCUCUCUGCGGCAGUCAAAGCUGCUCCUCUGACUCGGAGUGACUUGAAACUUCCUGCUCCCCCUAGGAUCACAGAGUCUGUCUCUUCCCUCUGCCCCAGCUGGGCUUCUGGAACUGUCCUCCUGAGAAUGGCUGUUAAGGAUGCUGUGGAGGGGGGGAGGUGCUGGGGGAAGGAAGGGGCAUACCCCUCCUCUCACGGUCGCCCUCCUCUCCUGGGGGACAUGCGCUCUCUCUCUGUCUCUGGGUCUUCUGGUUGUGCACGUUUGUCUGACCUUGUAAAUAUGUUUUAGGAAGAAAGCAAAAGGCAUUGAACUAGCCCCUCGGGGGUGGGGGAGGGGGCUUGCAGGGGUCCAGCUUUGCCUCUCUCUGAAGCCCCACAUUGCUAUUUUCCCCACUGAGAUUGGGGUUCCCCCAAAGGUAGACAAAAGCAGCUGUUCCCCGUGGGGCUGAAGGCCUCCAAGUCACUUCUUAUUAGACAAGUUUAAGGUUUUCUCAGGAGCAAGGUUACUAGUUGGUCCUUCCUCAGCUCCUAGGGUGCUUGUCCGUGACCAAGCCGUCUGCUACCCAGCAUCUUCCGUUCCCUCCCCCGCCCCCCAUGCCCUCGCUCCUUCCUGCACCUCUCCCUGGGCUUAGGUUGCUCUGAGAGGGCCUCCACCAAAUGUUACCAGGACACCUGGCUCUGGAGCUGCCCUUGGGCUCCCAGGCCCCUUGGCUCAUGGCUGCUGGGAGAGACAAAUGUCUAAGAUUGGGUGGGUUGAGAAUGGAGAAAACAAAUGUGCCUUGAGAGACCACUCAGAGAGGGGCCAAGGGUGAUGGGGACAGAGGUCUGAGGACCAUAGGAAGGAGGCCGAGGAUGAGAGUGGGGCAGGCCAUCUUGGCUGCCCUUGGGGUUCCAAUGGGCUACUGCAUGUGAAGGUGGACACACCUCGCUGCAGCCCACCAGGUUUCAGUGGACAGGCCUCCCACUCAGCCUCUCAUGAGCUCUGUGUGCUUCCAGUGUCAUCCUGUGGGUCCUGCCUUCGCUUCACCAAAGCCUGAGCCCUCAGGCCUUGGGGAGAAGGGAUGGCUGAUCUUUGACACUGGGUCAUCUCAAGGCUGUGGGCUGGCUGGAGCCCCAGGGAAGAGACACUGGGGGUGCAAAAGGAGACUGAUGCCAUCCUGAGGAAGUUCCAAGCAGAGCAAACUGCUUUCUAGCCUGAAGCCUACUUAAACUGUGUGACGUGCAAUAACGAGCUUAGAGUUAAGAAUUGUGUGCAAGUGCUUGGAUUUCCAUCUGUAGAUUUAAGUGCUGAAGUUGUAUCUCUCAGUAAUUUUAGAUGUCUUUUUAAAAAAUUGAAAAAGUGUUAGACAGUGUGUGCGUCCAUGGACACUCAAGCGUCCCCCGGGUCACUCCCACUCCCCUUUCCCCCCUCGCACCCCAACCCCCAUCUCCACUUGGGGACCCCACCUCAUGUUGUCUUUAUCUGCCUAUUACUCAGCCUAAGGAAACAAGUACACUCCACUCAUGCAUAAAGGAAAUCAAAUGUUAUUUUUAAGAAAAUGGAAAAUAAAAACUUUAUAAACACCA